AUGGAGAGACCACGACCAGCCUCUCGCUCCUCCAUUCCUCCUACCAGAGUUCCUGAUAGACACACGACACCACAGCCAAGCACCAGCCACUCUGAUCAGGGCAGCGGGGACAGCCAGCCUCCUCAGCCAAUAAGCAGUCAGGGCAGCGGGGACAGACAGCCUUCUCAGCCAAUCAGCAGUCAGGGCAGCGGGGACAGACAGCCUCCUCAGCCAAUCAGAAACACCAUCAGUCAACCUCAACCAAUCGACAGCACUGCUCAGUGUCCUCAGGCCUCAGGGGAGGGUUCAGCACAACAAGCCACAGAGGACAACAAACAGUUGUGCAGCACAGAGUCGGGCAGAGAGAGAGCUGAACUGGAGAGUUGGGAUGGAGAGGCAGCCAGAGGCCAAGUGAACACAGCAAACACUCCUGGUGUGUCCAAGAGAGAGUGGUUGGAGCAGCAGAGAGCCCAGUUGAAGGACUACAGGCGUGGAGGCAGCCUGCGGAACAAACCCAGAAUUAGUUACAUUGAGGAGGAGGAACCCAAAGAUGAAGACUACUUCUUCUGUGAGGAUUGUGAAGAUUUCUUCAUUGAGGAGUGCUGGAUCCACGGCCCCCCCAUCUUCAUCCCUGACACCCCGGCACCAGUGGGGGUCCCAGACCGAGCCAGACUCACCCUGCCCCCUGGACUGGAGGUCAACAAGUCCCACAUCCCCAACGCAGGACUGGGAGUCUUCAACCGGGGCCAGGAGAUAGCCAGAGGAACUCACUUUGGACCCUACGAGGGACAAGUCAUGGACAAGGAGCAGGCCAUAGAGAGCGGAUACUCAUGGGUGAUUUACAAGAGCCGCCAUUCAGAUGAGUACGUAGAUGCGAAGAAGGAAACUCAUUCCAAUUGGAUGAGGUAUGUGAAUUGCGCUCGUAACGGUGAGGAGCAGAAUCUGGUGGCGUUUCAGUACAGAGGAGGGAUUGUGUAUCGCUGCUGUCGGCCUGUUGUCCCUGGAGAAGAACUGCUGGUCUGGUAUGGAGACGACUACGCCAAAGAGCUGGGCAUCACAUUCGACUACCUCUGGGAUGUCAAGAGCAGCGCUAAAGAAGUAUCUGUGGCGUCUCAGGUGUUCUCCUGUUCUCUGUGUCCGUUCUCCUACACUGCUCAAAUCUACCUGCACAAGCACAUCAAGAGAAGUCACCCAGACGACUAUGUGCGACUGCUGAGGUCUGAAGAGAUCAGAUCAGAGACUUUCAUACCGUCCGGAGGCAGAAACCAACACACACAGCAAACCACAACUGCGGCGUCCAGACCAGUCACACAGCCGUCUUCAGAACAGCAAGGAGCACAUGAGCAGAGACGACAGCAGAACACCCAAGCAAGGGAGAAGAAACACCACUGCACUCAGUGUGGCAAGAGUUUCACUCAACAGGGAUCUUUAAAAGUACACCACCUCACUCACACAGGAGAGAGGCCUUAUCACUGCACUCAGUGUGGCAAGAGUUUUAUUCAAGCGUCAGAUUUAAAAGUACACCAGCAGACUCACACAGGAGAGAGGCCGUAUCACUGCACUCAGUGUGGCAAGAGUUUCACUCAACAGGGAUCUUUAAAAGCACACCAGCGCACUCACACAGGGGAGAGGCCGUAUCACUGCAGUCAGUGUGGCAAGAGUUUUAUUCAAGCGUCAGAUUUAAAAGUACACCAGCGCACUCACACAGGAGAGAGGCCGUAUCACUGCACUCAGUGUGGCAAGAGUUUCACUACAGUGGGACAUUUAAAAACACACCAGCGCACUCACACAGGAGAGAGGCUGCAUCACUGCAUUCAGUGUGGCAAGAGUUGCACUACAGGGAAAGAUUUAAAAACACACCACCUCACUCACACAGGAGAGAGGCCGUAUCACUGCACUCAGUGUGGCAAGAGUUUCACUACAGGGGGAUCUUUAAAACGACACCACCUUACUCGCACAGGAGAGAGGCCGUAUCACUGCACUCAGUGUGGCAAGAGUUUCACUACAGUGGGACAUUUAAAAACACACCAGCGCACUCACACACAUGAGCAGAGACGACAGCAGAACACCCAAGCAAGGGAGAAGAAACACCACUGCAUUCAGUGUGGCAAGAGUUUCACUACAGGGGGAUGUUUAAAAGUACACCAGCGCACUCACACAGGAGAGAGGCCGUAUCACUGCACUCAGUGUGGCAAGAGUUUCACUCAACAGGGAUCUUUAAAAGCACACCAGCGCACUCACACAGGGGAGAGGCCGUAUCACUGCAGUCAGUGUGGCAAGAGUUUUAUUCAAGCGUCAGAUUUAAAAGUACACCAGCGCACUCACACAGGAGAGAGGCCGUAUCACUGCAGUCAGUGUGGUAAGAGUUUUAUUCAAGCGUCAUAUUUAAAACUACACCAGCGGACUCACACAGGAGAGAGGCCGUAUCACUGCACUCAGUGUGGCAAGACUUUCACUCAACAGGGAUCUUUAAAAGCACACCAGCGCACUCACACAGGAGAGAGGCCGUAUCACUGCAGUCAGUGUGGCAAGAGUUUUAUUCAAGCGUCAGAUUUAAAAGUACACCAGCGGACUCACACAGGAGAGAGGCCGUAUCACUGUAGUCAGUGCGGCAAGAGUUUCACUACAGUGGGACAUUUAAAAACACACCAGCGCACUCACACAGGAGAGAGGCUGCAUCACUGCAUUCAGUGUGGCAAGACUUUCACUUGGUCUGGUCAUCUACAGACACACAAGUGCUCUCACAGUAAAGAGCCCUAAUAACUCCCCUGCUGAAUAAAGACCUUGAUGUUGCUUCCACCAGAGCAGGAAUGCCAAUAAACAAGACUGUCAUUGAAAUAUUCACCAACACAGAACACAUUUUUAACUGACCAUUUUAACUGACUUUGGUAACUGACUCUUUUGUUGAGUGUGUUAAUUGUUGAAUUGAUUUUUAAUAUUGUGAUUUGAUGUAUGUGAGAGUGUGCCAGAGUAAUAGAUGUUUAUUAAUAUUGUGAUUUGAUGUAUGUGUGAGUGUGUCAGAGUAAUUGGUGUUUAAUAUUAUGAUUUGAUGUAUGUGUGAGUUUAAGAGUAAUUGUGAAGAAUGUGUUUAAGUUUUUACUUGGUGAUGGUGUAAAAAUGGUCUAAUUGAAAACCACAAUAGUCAAGAGUUAACACCAAAUAAGAGUAAAGAUGACUUACUUAAUUACACACACUAAAUCAAAAGUGAAUUUGACUUGUAAAGUAGAUUUUGUCACAUUGGUGACUUAAAUAUCUAUUUGUGUAAGUGAAAAGACCAAAUAGAAUUGAAUAAAACGUGUAGUGUAUGAA